AUGGAGAGUGACACUAAAAAAGGAAUCCUGGAUGCUUUACUUCGACGGAGGCAAGUGCUUAGUGCAAUAUACGAACGUCGACGGUUGAAACCUUUGAAAACUUUAAACCAACAAGAAGAGCCAGCAGUUAAUAUGCCACACAAUAUAUCACAACAUUCACAACAGAGUAUUUUAUCGGAUAGUGACGUUAUAGAAGACAGUGACUCUGAACGACCUGCAAAACGUACCAAGAAACCACAAACAAUAAUUAUGGAUUCAACCACCAGUAAUAGUGAAGUUUCUUUUAGCACGUCUAAGAAUACGUCUUCACUAUCCCAUCCUUAUCAUGACAAUGAUGCUAUAUCGAUUAAUAGUCCUGUAAAAGCUGACACGAAUAAAAAAAUUAACAUAAUUUCAAAUAUAAUUGUUAAAAAGCCAAAUACAAAAAGUAACAAAGAAAAUGUAUUACCUUCAUCUUCUAUAACUAUUGUAAAUAAUUCCCCGGAUAAGAAUGUCACCUUAUCCACGAGCAAUGUGGAUGAGAUCAAUACCCCAGUGGAUGUCGAUACUGACUUUAAUGCCGUUAUACCUUCGAUGUACGUUGUCAGCGAUACAGAAUCAAAUACACUAGCUCCAGUAAAUGUAUCUGACCUUAAUGUUGCGACACCUUUGCCAUACUAUGUUGAUACUACUGCAGACCCAGAUUUGUCUACUCUAGCUUAUAUAGAUACUCACCUGGAUACUUCUCUGUACAAUGUUGAUGCUGCAAGUUCAGGCUUAUCUCCUACAGUUGACAUUAAUACUGACAUAAGUUCGAUGAACAAAACUGAGGCCGUUUUACCCGCUCUUGAUGAACAAAAUAUCCUUAACGUUGCAAGUACUUCAGGUUACAAUGCCGCUGCAGACCUUGUUUCACCUUCUGCAGAUAAUAAUAUACAAACUAACUUUUAUACUGAUACUUCUUCGAUAAAGAACACUAACCCUGCAAGUCCAUGUAUGUCUGUUAAAAAAGCUAAAAAGCGUCCAGUACGUGGCAUGCACAAAAAUAUUUUAGAUUUCUUGUCUGAUGACGAUACUGGUGACUAUUCUGCAGGUAGUUCAGACGACUGGGUUCAAGAAAAUACAAGUGAAUCAAGUGAUGACGACACUUCCAAGACUAAAAAAAAAAAAUUGAAGAAAUUUAAAAAACAAGAAACAGAUAUAAUUAAAAGAAAAAAAAUAAUAAGAGUUAACAAAAGAAAGUUAGGAAAAAUUAAAAAGGAUAAGGGAAAAGAAUAUGAAACUGAAAAAGGAAGGGUUGUACAGGAGAAGAAGAUGCAAAGUAACCCUUGUAAACCUGACAAAUGUAAAAGAGGUUGCUACGAUAUAACGGAGGAGAGACGAGCAACUUUAUUCAAUUUUUACUGGAGUUUGGACUCGCAACGUCGAAAGGACUGGUUGGUACGAAGUACACACAUUGUACCUUGUGCAAGAAAAAGAACUGAUUCAAGUUUAAGCAGAAGAAACCUUACUUAUGAGUAUUACGUCAAUAACGGUGAUGACCACCAAAAAGUAUGCCAAAAGUUUCUGAUCAGCACCUUAGAUAUAACUCAGAAGUUUUUGUUGUAUACUUUAAAUAACUCUGCGAAUGAAAUGGCUCAAAAAGACCGUCGCCAACGGAACACUUCAAAUAAGUAUUCCGACUUUGCAAAGACGCAAGUUAAACAGUUCAUUGAAAAAUUACCUGCCGUCCCAUCUCACUAUAAUAGAAAGAGAACAAAUAGAGUUUACCUUCCACAAGAAUUAAAAAACGUAUCUAAUCUUUAUAGACUGUAUUUAAAAGAAUGUCAAAGUUCAAAUAUUGAAUUUGUAAGUGAAUCUAUAUUCAGAGGGCACACUUACAUGCCUGUGGACUCAGUCCAUGCAACUAUUGAACGUGAAGUUAAAAAAAUUACUGUCUGGAGUCCAACGCAAUGGCCGUCAUACAUUGAGGCUGCGAGAAAAAAUCCUAGGCCUUAUAAUGUUAAUGUAAUGGAGUAUUCAGAUUUUCUCAAUUGGAAUGAAAUAACUGCUGAGACAUUUACAACUGAAACUUGUAAAACCCUGAAAAUUAGAAACAUCCGAAUUAUUACGUUAAAGAAAAAGAAUCCAAAUGUAAUGUACAUUAAAUAUUCUAUGAAAGAAGAGACGUCAACUGAUAAAGUAAUAUUAUUUAAAAAAUCUGGCAAUAAAGAAAAAGGUAAAGGUAGAGGUAAAGGAAGAUCGAAAAGCCGUACGAUAUUACCCGAAGAAGGUGUAAGCAAUAAUACACAUGAAGAGGUGAUGAUAAUGUCCCCAACUGCACUUUAUAAAAACAAAUUGCAAAUAUCAGAUGUAAAAUACAGAGAUUUAAAACGUCUAUGUGAUAAUGGCAUUAUACCAAAAAGGUACCACCAUGAUUAUAUUAACUUACCCCAUGGCAAUGUGGCUGACUCUCUUACGCUAACCGACGAAGAAGACGAGGAAGAGCUAAUUUAA